CGGAAAGUCGAGAAUUCAUUCGGACCUUCGGACUUUGAUCGUCCGAUCUUUUAAAUUAUUCAGCCAAUCGAUAUCCCUUCGGAUUCAGUAAACCGGUUCGUGUCGUGAGUAGGGUCACAAGUAGUUUUAUUUACGUCUCUAGAAAUUAUACAGUUUAUUCUCUUUCUCCAGAAACUUAACGAAUAUAAUGCCCAAUGUUAUAGAUUUAAGUUUUGGGUUAAAAGUAUAAUUACUCUAGGGCGUACUUUAAGAAUAUUUGAUCGUAUAAUUCGAAGACUCGAGCUCUGGCCAAAACAGAAGGUUGUAUCCUCAAAUAUUCUUCAAAUUUUGGAGUUUUAUUUGGACCGAAACUCUACGAAAACACGGCAGCUGUUUGGAUUAGUUUAUAUUUGGACCUUUUACGUCUUGUUUUGGAGUCCAAAACUCAUAAAAAACAACUCUGGCGCUCACAAAAAGCCCGAGCUCUGAGCAUUUCGAAGUCCAAGAUGGCGACUCRGAAACUUUCGAAUCCUACGAGGAAGAAACACAACUCAGAGACUCAGACCUUUUUUUAAGUGAUGGAACAAUAUUCAAAGAUGAAUCUAGAGAUUCUAGUCUCAAUGAUGGUUCGUUAUCUGUGUCGGAACAAGAGUACCUAGAGACAGAAAGCGGAGUAGAAAGUUCAAGUGGGGAUGGAGAAUGGCUGUCUGCUUUUGCUUCGGAGUGUAUGGCUUUAGAUUUAACUCCAGAGCAACUACAAGAAACACUCAAAUACUUCACAUUAUCAUCUGACAGAACCAACCAGAUGACAAAGACCCACAAUGACCUGGAUGCUAUUUUACAACUCCUCCAGGAGAAAGAAAAAGAUCUCGAACUGGCAGCUAAAAUUGGCCAGUCUCUCCUGGAGAGGAACAAAAGUCUUAUGCACAAAACCGAAACUAUGGAAAAGUAUCUUAGCGAACAUAGUGAUAGGGAAGAGCAGCUACGUCAUGACAUUGUAAGGAAGAAUGAUUUACUACAGAAGUUUCUCAAGGAUCAGGAGGACUUGCUCUUGGAGGCUGAUAAUAGAUCUGAGGAUGAAGCUAAAAGUUCUGAAAGCGCUUCACUUGUACGAGAUGAUUCAUUUGGCACCUUACAAGACAAGUGUCAUGUACUUGAGCAACAGAACACUAGAUUUAUUCUUGAGGCACUGCAUUUGAAGGAGCAGACAGCCACAGAGGAGCUGAAAGAAAGGCAACUAGUAGCUGACUGUGUUCAACAACUUUUGCUUAUUGAAGCAGAAAACCUUUCAGUGGAUGCAAAGGAUCAAAUAACAGCCCUUACUGAUGAUAUAGGAAGGAAAGCAGAAGAUAAUAUCAGACAACAGGAAGAAAUUUCUCAGCUGAUUGAUACUGUGGUUGACCUCCAGAGACGUCACACUCAGUUAUCGGAGGAUAAUGAGGAACUSCAGAGUCUCUUGAGUACAUCACAAGUAGGUCAAGAUGAACUAAAAUCACAGGUAUUUUUCUUUCUGUGUUUAAAAAGGUACUUUCUCUGUGUGCUUCUGUUAUAUUUCUUUCUCCUUAAAAUAACAAGCUAAAUUUCAAUUUGAUCU